AGUUGUAGUGCCACAGGACAGCAGUGGAUCAAUGUGACUUUAGGAGCCAUUGAAUCUGAGUAAAAAUACAUCAUUGAGUUACUGGUUCCUAAAAUAUCAAGAUGGCUAAUACCACUGUGCCUGUGACCCUCUCAUCCACCAACAAUAUUUCCACCUGCAAUACCUUAUAUGCCCACCGGGAAUAUGCCAGGGUCCUCAUGCCUAUUGUCUAUUGCAUUGUAUUUGUUGUGGGACUGUUUGGAAACGGCCUCGCCCUCCAUGUCAUCCGUCCCAAUCUGAAGAAGAUCAACUCCACCACCUUGUACUCACUCAACUUGGUAAUUUCUGACAUCCUCUUUGCCCUCUCUCUUCCUGUGAGGAUUGCCUACUAUGCCUAUGGCUUCAAUUGGCAUCUGGGUGAGACCAUGUGUAAGAUCACAGGCCUCAUCUUCUAUAUCAACACCUACGCUGGGGUCAAUUUCAUGACCUGCCUCAGUGUAGACCGUUUCAUUGCUGUGGUCCUGCCACUGCGCUUUAGCCGAUGUCGGAAGGUUAGUAACGUGCGCUACAUUUGUGUUGGCGUGUGGCUGCUAGUCCUAGCACAGACCCUUCCCCUGCUCAACAUGCCCAUGACCCAAGAGGAACCAGAUGGUUUCAUCACCUGUAUGGAAUACCCCAACUUUGAGAAAGUUCCCUUUAUUGCCUCUAUUCUGAUUGGUGCUGUCUUCCUUGGGUUUGUCAUCCCUGUGGUCACCAUCUUGUUGUGUUACUCAGUCCUGUGCUGUAAACUCCACUCCUCAGCUAAGUCCAACCAUUUGACUGAAAGGUCUGGCCGAAGCCGCAAGGCCAUCGGUGUGAUCUGCUGCGUGUCCCUGGUGUUUGUCGUCUGUUACAGUCCCUAUCACAUUGACAUUCUGCAGUACAUGAUCCGCAAGCUGGUAUCGAACCCUGAUUGUGCUGAGCUCACUGCCUUUCAGGUGUCACUGCACAUAACUGUGUGUCUAAUGAACCUCAACUGCAGCUUGGAUCCCUUUAUCUACUUCUUUGCCUGUAAGGGCUACAAGAGGAAACUCCUGAAGCUGCUGAAGCGGCAGGUCAGCAUAUCCUUCUCCAGUGCAGUGAGGACUUCACCUGAAGGAUCCUCCAAGGAUAUUAUUGAUGGCAACAAGAUCCAACUCACCACUUCGACUGUAGGUACAACCAGUGAGAGACUCACAGAGAGGAGAUUACACCGGCAUGAAUAAAACUGCGACUCCAAGAGUUACACAAGAUAAGAGAAACUUUUUUAUCUCAGUGGGCCUACAUCGAUCAGGCCAAGUCAGUUUGUGACUCAAAUUGUAGCUCAGCAUGUGGAUCCAUUCUGUAGGAAUUCAGCUGUAUUGGACCAGAUCUAUUUACACAAGGGAAGGUUACUAAAAUA